GAGAGAGAGAGAGCGCUUCUAUUAUGCACAGAGAGGCAGCAAUAUGUCUCUUUCUGGAAAUCAGCAGUGCUCAUCUUCCACAAGCACACACACCGUGCAUACACUUUUCCAGCAAGUGCACACGCUCCCACCCCCCAACAGCUCUUCAUUGGGGAAGUGUGUGUACUGAGUCUGUUAUCCAGUGGGAUCCAGCAGUGAGGAACAAAGGAGCAGGAGGAAGAUUGGUCAUGCAUAGAAUAUCCCUGCACUCUGACACUGAAAUGAUCAGCGAGCUGUAAAAAAGAACAUAUCAGAAGAACAAGCUCUUUCUAGCUGCAUCUGGGAGCCUGAUGUGAAGAAAUCCAGCAGAGGAACAAUCUGAGCGGAGACACUUGCACACCUUUCAGGAUUUGCUGAUGUGGAUUUUGUUAAGGGUCACUUCUGGUGGGAGCUGAUUUGGGAGCUGAACUAGCUGAGUUACUGCAUCUGGACCUGGCCCUGGUUCUGGGAGAAGGCAGAGGCAUCUUGUCCACUGAUCCAAACUGGGUGAAGAAGAAAAAGGGCAUGGCUGUGUAUCCUGACUUGGGCUUGUUGGUUCUUCUACUGCUACAGAUCACAGCUCCUGUAUGCCAUAGCCAAGGUUGUCCACAAGUCUGUAACUGUGUACACCAGAGAAAGUCUGUGAAUUGUCAGAACAAGUACCUGAAUUCUUUUCCCAAUGGAAUUCCAACUGACACAAGGUUCCUAGACCUGAGUAGAAAUAAGUUGCGUUGGGUGGAGCACAGUGACUUGGAAGCCUACAAACAUUUGGAGGACUUAGAUCUCAGUGAGAAUCUCAUCAGUGUGCUUGAGCCCAAUGCUUUUUCCAGCUUACUUAAGCUUCGUGUGUUACGCCUGCGUGCCAACCAUUUGAAACUGGUACCAAUGGGUGCCUUCUCACAUCUUGCCAAUCUCACAGUUUUGGAUUUGAGUGGAAAUAAAUUAGUUAUAUUAGUGGAUUUUACUUUCCAAGAUCUGCAGAGGCUCCAAAAAUUGGAGGUGGGUGACAACGAUUUGGUAUAUAUAUCGAACAAGGCAUUCCUGGGCUUGACUGGUCUAAGGGAACUUACGAUUGAAAGGUGCAACCUGACCUCUAUCUCAGGACAGGCUCUUUCAUAUCUCCGUGGUUUGGUGUCCCUACGACUACGCUACCUCAAUAUUGCCUCAUUCGAAGAACAGACCUUUCAUAAGCUGGGUGGCCUGCGGGGUCUAGAGAUUGACCACUGGCCAUUUUUAGAGUACAUUUCUCCUUACAGUUUCCAAGGCCUCAAUUUAUCAUGGCUUUUCAUUACAAACACUAACAUUACCACAGUUCCAACUGGUGCAUUGCGCAACCUUGUCCAUUUAGGCAGUCUGAAUCUCUCGCACAACCCCAUUUCUGUUCUUGAGUCUUGGGCAUUGCGUGAUUUGGUCAAUUUAAAGGACUUGCACCUUGUGGGAACCCAGUUGAUGUGCGUGCAACCUUAUGGCCUUGGAGGUCUGCAGCAAAUACGUUUACUCAACCUGUCCAACAACAGGCUAGUAACACUAGAAGAAGGAUCUUUUCAAUCUGUGAACACUCUGGAAAUGCUUCGGGUUGAUGGCAACCCUCUGUUCUGCGACUGUCGACUGCUAUGGGUCUUGCAGCGUCGCAAGACGCUUAACUUUGACGGCAAGUACCCAGUUUGUGCUGGACCUGUUGAGGUGCAAGGUAAAGCCUUGGGUGCCUUUUCAGACUCGGCGCUUCUUGAACACUUUACAUGCCAACGACCAAAAAUACGCAACCGAAAGCUACAGCAGCUCUCCGCACGUGAGGGGCAAGCUGCAUCAUUUUUUUGCCAAGCAGACGGAGAACCGACUCCAACCAUUUUCUGGAUUUCACCUCAGCGACGUCGCAUCACUACAAGAAGCACUGGUCGUCUCAUAGUGUUACCAGAGGGCACGUUAAAAAUUCACUUCGUUCAAGUAACAGAUAGUGGAACGUAUAUAUGUAUUGCAAGCAAUGCAGGUGGCAAUGACACUUACUUUGCCACAUUGACUGUGAGUGGGGUUGCCUUGGAUGCAGGUCUUUUGGUGAAUCGCACCUAUUCUGGUGACCUCAAUGACACUAAUCUGAAUGACACGCAUGUCUUCCUGAAGUUCACCUUAGACCUCAAGACAAUUUUGAUCUCUACAGCAAUGGGCUGUAUAACUUUUCUGGGAGUAGUCAUCUUCUGCUUCUUGCUUCUCUUUGUCUGGAGUCGUGGACGUGGGCAGCACAAAAACAAUUUUUCAGUGGAGUAUUCCUUUAGAAAGGUGGACGGCCCAGCAGCCAGCGGGGGCCAAGGCGGUGCUCGAAAAUUCAAUAUGAAAAUGAUAUAAAGGUAUAAAUUAAAAGGUGUUCAUCUCCCAUACUCAUAUACACCACUAGGUAACAAGGUGUAUUCGAUGUAUGUGAUUUUUUGGUAUUUUUUAAAAAUGUAUGUUUUAUAUACAGUUUGUCUACCAUUAGCACAACAUUAUGAAAUCUACUUAAUACCAGCAAUACAUUUAUGACCUAACUUCCUAAGACCUCAAAUAAAGAGUUAAUAUGUGUGCAUUUCGCUGAAUUGUUUGUCCUUCUUGUUAGGGGUUGUUGCAGGUGAUUAGGUAGAAAUAUUUAA